AUGUGGCAUGAGGCUCGUCGACAGGAAAAAUUGAUACGUUCACAAAUGAUUGAUAACGUGAAACGAAAUGAGCGACGUAAACAGUUCUAUGAAAAUGUGAGGAAGGAUCCGGAGCAGUUUAUGCAAGUUCACGGUCGAAAAUGUCAAAUACAUAUGGAUCCGGCAGUAGCACGUGCUGCCGAAGCAUCAAGCAUCCUGUGCGCGUUUGACAUUAGUAAUUUGCUGAUCUUUUUGUUUAAAGCAUACUUCUCAUCAUGGAGACGAUGGCAGGGUGAUCCUAGCAUAUUGAUUGAUCGAUUUGAUGUUCGGGCACAUAUGGAUCAUAUCUCCGAAAAGAAAGUCGAUAAUUAUGAAAAACAACAUAAAUCACUAGAUGAUGUCGAAGAAUUGCAGUGCGAAUAUGAGAGGUAUCGAAUCCUUGUUCUCAACGAAUUUGAUAGAGUGUCAGAAAAAACGUUUCUAAAAGAAAUAGCGGCAAAAGAAUUCUGGCCGGAUGAGUCUAAUUCAUCAUCUGCAGCACGUGCUGAGCAAGAAAAGAAAAAGUCGCUUCGUGACAAAAAAGCGGCUGUAGGAUUUACAUAUGAUGAUACUCAAACGGUACAAUGUGGCAUUGCUGAAACAGAUGAAUCGGAAGACGAUGAUGAUUUUGUUGACUCGGAUGAAUUCGAUUUCAAAUUAGAUCUGGACACAUUAGAUGCAGAACAGCGGCGAAAUUUAAAUAAAUUGGGUGUACGCUAUGGUAUUAAUUCGGGUGCUUUUUCAAGCUUAUUGAAAAUGGAUCGUCGUGAGCAAGAUGAAACGCAUCAAUUGAAAGAGAUUGAAAAAGCGAAACUAGCCCUCGCUGGUCGCCAAGCAAAGGCAGAACGAGCUGUUUUAAAGAAGAAACGUGCUCUAAUUGUUGGUAAAGGUUGUCUGAAUGAAGAAGCUACAACUACAUUGCUCUCAUUCGUUACAAAAAGUGAGAAGGAUAACUUAGAAACAUCUUCAUCUACAUCGACAGAAGAUGAUGAAGGAAGGACGGAAUUCAUUACGACAUUUGGUGGUGAUGGUGUCGAAAGUAAAGAUGCAGAACGUGAAGAAGAUGAUGAUGAUCAACCAAAAGUGCUUGGUCCAACUUUGCCUUCUGCAGAAUUUCGGCGUAUUUUUGAAUUAAAAACUCGUCGUUCGUCAAGUCCUGAAGAUUACGGAAAUGUUUCGAAAAAUUGUAUUCAAAGCAGAUCCCCUGCUUCAAGGCGACCACUGCGUUCGAGGAGUAGAGAACGUAUAGCGCGAUCGAAAAGCCGGGAGAGAUCGCGUAGGUCAAAAAGUCGAGAACGACGGGACGACUCAAGAAGUUCAAGUGUCAUUAAAAGGCGAAGAAAUAACAGUAACCGAGAAAAGCGAAGAAGUUCUAGCAGGGAUAAACGACUGGAUAAUAGCCGUGCGAGAAAUAGAGAUAAGAGGCGGGAAGAAUUUAAGAUAAGAUUAAGUCGUAGAAAAAGUACAAGCAGCAAUGAAAGCGCACAUAGUCGUUCUCGAAUUUAUCAUAGUCGUAAAAAGCGUACUGGUCAAAAAGUUGAUGUUGAUAGUUCAAAGCGAUCAAGCGAUAAAAAAUCUCGAAAGCACCGCAGAAGGCAUUCGUCUUCGAGUGAUCCUAAUCAUUCACUACCACCAGUCUCUGAGAAGAAGGCUACAAAUUCAGUUUCUUCGCCAAAGAGAAGUGAUGGUGAUACUUCACCGUUAGCAAUUCAUUCAAGUAUGAGUGAAUCUGAGAAAGAACGUAUUGAAGUAGAAAAUAGACGAAGACGAAUACGACGAACAGCCAAACAACACCGUCAACAGUAUGGUAGUAAUUAUGACCGACUCUCAGAAGAUGAAGCCGAGCGUAAAGCUGCUCUUGCUCACAAACUUCGUUCUCAAAUGCAAAAAACACUACGUAAGACAGCUGAACAGUUGAAAGAAGAACAACGACAAAAGCAUGAAGAACAUGAGAAAGAAAGAAGAGUAAAGGCUUUUGUGUUAUUUUUGUUGCGCGAAGAAAGACUAUUUGAAGAAUCACUGGAAAUGAGAAGACGAGAACGCGAAAAACGUAGACGUGAGCGCCGUGAUCGUAGUAUUAGCAGUUCAUGUUCUUCUAGCUAG